UCACAAUGGCAAUCCUCGUAAUUUUUUCAAAACUCCAAGCCCUAUUAUUCAAACCCAGGAUUUUAUAUAUCAACCUUAGCCUAAAUAAAAAAAUUCCGGUGCGGCACUGUCUGCCGCCGAUGGUGCCCAUAAUCAGAAGAUUCUCAUUCUCUUUCCCAGAUUUCAGAGUUUUAAAAAUCAAAACCUUAUAUUAAAAUUUUUUUGAAGAAGAAACAUUAAUUUUUUUUUAUAUUCCGUUAGCAAUCUUAUUCAUUAACUAUCAUUUUCAUCACAUAAAAAAAAUAGCCUAAGUACUAAGGUUGAUUUUGGUUUGUUUGAAGAAGUUAAAGAUGUUGUGUCGAAAAAAUUCGAGUUGCAAGGAGACAGGAUCAGUACCAGUGUAUCUCAAUGUGUAUGAUCUAACACCAAUUAAUGGCUAUGCAUAUUGGUUUGGACUUGGGGUUUAUCAUUCUGGUGUUCAAGUUCAUGGGGUUGAGUAUGCGUAUGGAGCUCAUGAAUAUCCAACAACUGGAAUAUUUGAAGCAGAACCAAAACAUUGUGAUGGGUUCACGUUUAGGAAAUCAAUUUUGAUUGGAAAAACGGAUUUGGGGCCUGCAGAUGUGAGGGGAGUAAUGGAGGAUUUAGCAGAGGAGUACAAAGGAAAUGCCUACAAUUUAAUCACCAAAAACUGUAACCAUUUCUGCAAUGAUGCUUGCAUCAGGUUGACUGGCAAUCCAAUCCCAAGUUGGGUUAAUCGCCUUGCUAGAAUUGGAUUCUUCUGCAACUGUGUUCUUCCAGUGACUUUAAAUGCAACCAAAAUAGUCCAGCGUCACCAUAGAAUUGAAGAUAAGCCAUGUGAAGGAGAAAAGAAGAAAUUGACAAGCGAGUCUAACAGAUUCACAUCUUCUUCAAAUUCUUCUUCCUCUUCAAAUUCAUCUCCCUCAAUCACCCAAACUCGGGGUAGAAGCAGAAGCAGACGUUCACUUCCCCCACCUUCACCUAUGAUUCUUGCUCCUUCAUCACCUUGAUGAUGAUCUACAUUUGGGACAGCUUUUACUGAAUCAAAUGCUCAAAGCAAAUUAUUAAUCAUUUUUUUUUUAACUUUUGCAUUAUUUUUUCUUGGUGAAUUCAUGAUGCUAACAUUGUCUUGAGAAAUCUUGCAGGCAUGAUAUCUGUACAUCACAUGUGUAUGUUAUCAAUUUUCUUGGCAAAUGAUGU